ACUGACCGACUGCUGCAUCCCUGUAGAUGGAGGUGAAAGUAGCACUAGAUGCUUCGUCACCUGCCAGACUGUGAAAGCCUCAGGCAGAAAAGAUAGAUGUUUCACUGACUCUGCCAGAGUUUAGGUGCAGACUGUUCAGACAACAUUAUCUGAAUCACCAGUGAUGACCAGCCCCUCCCAGCGUAUCCAGAUUAUUUCCACAGACUCUUCCGUAGCUUCACCGCAACGCAUUCAGAUUGUGACAGAUCAGCAAACAGGACAGAAAAUCCAGAUAGUGACAGCUGUGGAUUCAUCAGCGUCUCCAAAGCAACAGUUUAUCUUGGCGAGUCCAGAUGGAACUGGGACAGGAAAGGUGAUAUUAGCAGCACCUGAGACAUCUAACACCAAGCAGCUCAUCUUUACCACCACGGACAACAUCGUGCCAGGCAGAAUUCAGAUAGUGACAGACUCUGCUUCAGUGGAACGUUUGUUGGGUAAAACUGAUGUUCAGCGGCCCCAGGUAGUAGAAUAUUGUGUGGUCUGUGGAGAUAAAGCAUCAGGUCGUCACUAUGGUGCUGUCAGUUGUGAGGGAUGCAAAGGUUUCUUUAAAAGGAGUGUCAGGAAGAACUUGACCUACAGUUGUCGUAGCAACCAGGAUUGUAUCAUCAAUAAACACCAUCGGAAUCGUUGCCAGUUUUGUAGGCUUAAGAAAUGCUUAGAAAUGGGCAUGAAAAUGGAAUCGGUUCAGAGUGAAAGAAAACCUUUUGAUGUGCAACGGGAGAAACCAACCAACUGUGCAGCCUCAACUGAAAAAAUCUACAUCAGGAAAGACUUAAGAAGCCCUCUAAUAGCAACUCCAACAUUUGUGGCAGAUAAAGAUGGGACACGAUUCUAUAUGUUUCUGAACAGGUCAGCAGGUCUUCUUGAUCCAGGAAUGCUUGUGAAUAUUCAACAGCCUUUGAUACGGGAUGACGGUACUGUCCUCCUAGCUGCAGACUCCAAGGCUGAGACAAGCCAGGGUGCUUUAGGAACACUGGCAAAUGUUGUAACUUCCCUUGCCAACCUCAGUGAGUCACUUAAUAAUGGGGACACUUCUGAAAUCCAGCCAGAGGAUCAAUCUGCAAGUGAGAUCACUAGGGCAUUUGAUACUUUGGCUAAAGCACUUAACACCACAGAUGGCACAGCAGCCCAGAACUUGGCAGAUGGGAUGGAUCCUGCAGGAGGAGGGAAUAUUCAUGUAAUCAGCAGAGAUCAGUCAACGCCAAUUAUUGAAGUGGAAGGACCCCUACUUACAGAUACACAUGUCACAUUUAAGCUAACAAUGCCUAGUCCGAUGCCAGAGUACCUCAAUGUACACUACAUCUGUGAAUCAGCAUCACGACUGCUUUUCCUCUCCAUGCACUGGGCUAGAUCCAUCCCUGCUUUUCAAGCACUUGGGCAGGACUGUAACACGAGCCUUGUACGUGCCUGCUGGAAUGAGCUAUUCACAUUAGGCCUUGCGCAGUGUGCACAGGUGAUGAGUCUGUCUACUAUCCUAGCAGCUAUUGUCAACCACCUGCAGAACAGCAUACAAGAAGAUAAGCUUUCUGGAGACAGAAUAAAACAAGUCAUGGAACACAUCUGGAAACUUCAGGAGUUCUGUAACAGCAUGGCCAAGCUUGAUAUUGAUGGAUAUGAGUAUGCAUACCUUAAAGCUAUAGUCCUCUUUAGCCCUGAUCACCCUGGUCUAACCAGUUCAAGCCAGAUAGAAAAAUUCCAGGAGAAGGCGCAGAUGGAGUUACAGGACUAUGUUCAAAAAACCUAUCCAGAAGACACGUACAGGCUUGCCCGGAUUCUAGUUCGCCUGCCAGCACUUAGACUGAUGAGCUCUAGCAUUACUGAGGAACUUUUUUUUACUGGUCUCAUUGGUAAUGUUCCAAUUGACAGCAUAAUCCCCUACAUCCUCAAAAUGGAAACAGCAGAGUAUAAUGGUCAAAUAACUGGCACGUCGGCAUAGUGGGAACAACAUAUAUUGAUGGAUCAAAGUAAUUUUCAUAAAAUCACACAAUUAAGAGAUACAGACUUUAAAAAUGACACUUUGGUAUGUACAAUUAUUUCCAACGCAUUACCAGUUUCCUAUCAGACUGCGCCUUCUUUAUUUGCCUCCUUUGACAAAAUAUAAACAGCUAUUAAAAGACCUAUUAGGACCCUUUUCUGCCACAAGGAACAUUUUGAUGCCUUUCAUUCAAAAGGGUAUAGAUUCCUAAACAUACUUUUAAUGAGCUUUGUAUUUAGAAAUUAUCAAUGGGCAAAAAUAGAGUUUUAUAAUGUCAGAGAUUAGUAUUAAAAAUGCUAAAAAGAAAAAAAAAGAGAACAGUAUGUAUAUAUUUAAAAUGUCCUUGGAAUUAAUAUCUAAUAAUUACCAGGGUAUAAUAUUAGCACUUUGUAAGCACUUCUUAUCAAAGCGAUAAUGUCAUCAUCCUGCUUAUAAGCAAAGCAAAUGAAAAACUGCAGAUGUCCUUGGUCAUAAUGCUAAUGAUUUCUGUGAAAAUGUAGAAGGCUACAGGAGACAAUCAUCUGUUCUACAAAACGUCGCUGUUCAUAAUGUUAUGAAUUUAAUAGCAAUGUGGCUCUUCAAAGCAAAUUUCUACAUUAUAUAGCACUAAGCUCAGCUAAAUUAGUGAAAAUAUGGUUCACUGACAGCAUGACACAAGCAUAAGAACUAUAGCAUAAUUAGCAGCAGCAAUAAAUGAUACAGAAAUUAUCCAAACUGGAAGGCAAAAUACCAAUUUCUUGCCAUAGCAAUGCUGAAACACGAUGUUUCAAUUCAGCCUGACAUGGAUGUUUACAUAGUCAUGACAAACUUUAUUCUGCUCAGAUACCUUUUGAUUGUGGGGGGGAAAUCAGUCAUUAACUGGCAGGGAAGCAGUCCUUUCUAGCUAGAGCUGUGCGCUCCUCUCAGUGUAUAGACUUAACGUAUUUCCAAAUUCAUUCCUUCUUUCAGUGGUUCUGCACCACCCUCACUACCCUUUCAGCCAAAGGAACAAUUCUGAGCACAGAAAGCUGCUAUUGUCAGCCAGAGGGAUAAGUGGAGAACCCAAGGCGCACACACGCUCUCUCACGCUCGCUUUCUCCCUCCCUCUUUCUCUCCCCCUCUCUCUCUCUUUUUUGUCCCUGUCCCAACCCCAGGAAUUGAGUGUUCCUGCUUGUGCAGUGCUACCAGCCCCCCUAUGACUCAGUUCCAAAUUGAAGUAUAGGUUGGGUUUGUAUUCAAUCAUGUGCAAUUGCAGUUAAUGACCGAUUGUUUGGCGUUAGAGUACUAACUACCUUUCCUCAGCUAGGGUAGUGACCUAUUAAGUUGUUUUCUAGUAUUGACCAUAUCCUGCUAGCAUUGCUUUUAUUUUAGUGUAAUUUAUUAAUACUGACAUUAAAUAUUUUAAACGACAUUUACAAAAAAUGCAUUUUUGUCACGCUAUACCUUCAUUAAUCUGAUUCUUGCUUACUAUAUUCAUUAAUUACUUUUAAUGAAUUUACCUGGUAGUGGCAUUAUCUAUUUGUAAUACUUGUAUGUGAAAAAAUAUACGUGAUGAAUUCAGCACUUUUUUUGCUUCUGGCAUGGACAUUGAUUUAGAAACACAUUCCAGCAGGGUUAGUAUUUGUCUCUCUCUUAAGGUUCUUGAUUGUAGCCAAAGGACCUUGAACAACUUCAGACAAGGCUUUUAAUGUAGUAAGAGCCCUCCUCUGGUACCCUUUACCCUCAUUUCAAGGUUUUCAUUUAUAACACUCAUUUUGUCACAAAAGACUUUAUAGCUCCUGGAUGCAUUAAACUUCAAUGUAAUCACCAUCUUUAUAACAUUCAGAAACCUUGGCUAUCAAAAAGAUAUUAUAAAGAGAUUGCAGUGUAAGUGCAGACCUCUGUUGUACCUUCUUCCCUAGUUUUUUGUUAUAAUAAACAGACUCGUUGAUUUUUUUCUCUUUUUUUUUACAUGAUAGACACUUCCAUGUUCUGAACAUGCUUAAGACAACUGGAAUGCAGAGUUAAUUGUGACCACCAUAUUAAAGCAUCACUUCUUUAGGGUUGUGUCAGCUCUUCCAGUAUAAAAUUUGUGUUUUAAGGAUUUAUAUUUGGCCUUAAAAAUUAGUUGUGGCCUGAAUUUUAAUGUGUAAAUACUUGCCUUGGAAAUAAAAUUUCACAGAAGCAUUAUGGCCAUUUUUGUGCGAAAAACAAAUGUUAAAGGUGUAUUAUAUAACUUCUUUUUUAAGAAAAGUAGUAUGCAUUGAACUGUUUUGAAUUUUUUAAAUUGCAAAAGAUUAGCAGAUCAUGUAGUUUAACUGCUUACAAUGUGUUGUUAAAAUUUAAGCAGUCAAAGCAUUUUUAGUAAUGGAGUGUGAAACAGUGAUAUACGCAGAAUAUACUAAACCAUUGGAAAUCAAAGUUUUUCUAAAUUUUAUUACAAACUUGAAAUUUUUUUCAUGAGAAUUUUGUUUGAACAUGUGUAUUUAUCUAGGGAAAGAGUCUUAUUUUCUGGUGAAGAUGAGCCCAGUUUUUAAUUAAGUCUUCCCUGCUUGAAAAUACACUAGCAUUUGUUUUUUCCCCUAGUUUUAUAUAUGAAACUAUUUUACAGAAAAAAAAAAAAGAAAAAAAACCUCCGCGCGCACACACGUCAACAGCUAAUCAUAAUCUUGGGAGCACAAUUAGAUGCAAUGACACAGAAAAUAUGUGUCUUAAACUUUGUAAAUCUAAAAUGGUAAAUUUCACAGUGCUCUGUUUGCAUCUAUAGUACACAUCUGAAAAACAUGGGGCCACAUUGCCGUAUCCUUUGUGGUGCAUCUGAUGGUCCUUGCUCUGCAAAUAAUUCCUUUGGCCUCAGAGUGAGUAAAGCUGUCACAAUCCAGCCUGUGUGUAGGAUUCGUUUUUACAAGGUGCGAUUGCAUUUAAUGGAUAGAGUGAGGCAGUUCCAUCCUUACACUCUAAGAAUCCCAAAUUAUCACCUUUUCCUCUCUGAAGCUUUUGUUUGCGCAGUGUUACUGGCAUGAUUUGCUGGGUGGGGCAAGUCAGAUCCAAGCUUACCUAACCCCUAGGCCAUUAACAGGAAGUGUUUUCUGCAAGCAUAUGUUGUUUUGAUUCUAAGACAAAGCUUUGGUGAUAGAAAGUUGGAUACCAGAUGGUGUGUGUUCCAGGGCUUAGGAGAUGUUCCAAAUCUUAGUUGUCUCAAAUACAAAUUAUCAAUAAUAGGAUAGAUGGGGAUAAUAAGAUUUGUGCUUCUGCUUUGCAUGCUGCUAAUGGGCUAACAUAGGAUUGAGCCAAGGAAUUGGUGCCCGUAUAAGAGAGAGAGCAAGGGAAAGUAAAAAUACUGCCAUGUAAAAUAGUGAGCCAUUCUCCAGUGCUUGGGACUUAUUUGAUGUAUCUGUAAAACCAUCCUAAAUGGCUCAAGGACCACCCUAAAGUAAGGAUGAUCUUCCAGAGGUUUAGAGCCAAUAGAGGGGAUCUUACAUUACUACAUGUUGCAAGGGUAGUGAGGGUAAGAGGCAUAGCUAGGGAAAAUGGGCAUAACCAAGUUAUUCCCUCUUUGGCUAAUUUCCUUUGAUGGUAUUUCAGCCCUUUGUAUUCAGUGGAAUUCUCUGGCUGUUCUAACAGUACAAGAGGAAAAUGGUCCAUGAAAGGGUGAGGAUAGGAGUGCAGAAGUGAACUUCAAACCAUCAGUUCAUGCCACUGACCUGUGUUCUCUGCAUUUGGCCUGUGCCAUAAAAUCAGAUCCUGUAUUUUUUCAACUCUUUUUUGUUAUUAAUAAUGUACUUUCCAAAAAAUAUUAGAGAAGUGGUAUUUUUGCCAUAUAUUUUAUUUUUUCCCCCUUUCUAUAUUUCAGUGAUUGUACAAUGAGAAUAGACUGGCCUCCCUCACUAGUUUCUAGUCCAUUUCACUUCCCUAUAAGCACAAAGCUGCACUUUUGUGUUGUAAAUAAGGAUAAGGAAUAUUUUGCUUUAUUUUUUGUUUAAGAUAGUGGCUACAGGAUUAUUGGGAAAACUUCUGUUGUGUCUUAUAUUUGGUACAGUGGGUUUUUUACACAAAUGCAAUAUGACCUGAAAAAAUCUGCAGCCAAAUCUCAUAAACUGCUAGCAGUUGUCAAAAAUGCAACAUCCAACUAAAGUUCUUCCUAGUGUCUGAAGUUAGCCCUCUUACAUUUUAAGCCCUGACUGUGCUGCUUUUAAAGUUAAAAUCAAAAGAAAAAGCUCAUCCUAAGCCACUUGAUUAGUUAUCUGAACUUGCCCAUCUGUGUACAACAGUAAGAAUUAGUUUGUACAAAACCUGAAAUUCCACACUGGCUGAAAUGCUGUGAAUAGUAAUAGUCCAGUAUUCCUCAACUCUGUUGACUUCCAGAGUUUGCCAUGCAGGCCUUCCUGUCUUCCUACUCUUGCAAGAAGGCAGUGGAUAUGGAUGUUGUACGGUAGUAUAAAGGAAUAGUUACUGAAAGCCAUGAA